AUGGAUCUUGAUCGAUCGAGUUUUGGUGAAAAUGAAAGUCCUGCUCAACCUGGUGGUAUCAUUGCCUCAGCUUUAUGGAUGGAGAAAAAUCCACGAUGGGAUGGAACACAAUCAGCCAGAUCAAUUGAUGAGAAACCGGGACUAUUAGCCAGAGCUCUCAACGAGAUGAAAAACACUUUGGAAGAGCUUAAAAAAGAUACGGAAUCAAAUCAAAUGAGAACGGGGAUUAUUGGAAAAGCUCUUGAAACUGAUGAAGCCAAUUUGCUAGCGCAUAAACAAUUGCACCGAGAGCCGAUAACCGAUCUUCGAUAUCGAGGAAUUAUUGGCACAGCUUUGGAUAGGAUUCAUGAAAAUGAACAUGUGAAACUCGAAAAGGAUAAUCCGGGAAUGAUCGGCAAAAUGCUUGGUAUCGAGGAGGCGAUUGUCAACGAUUCACCGAUUCUUGAAAGCGAAUUGAAACAAGAGGAAUUCGUGGCUCAUAAACGAUUAAGAGUUGAUUCAUUUGAUGGAAAGAUUCAAGCAAGUCGUGUCAACUCUCCGCCAAAUGAUCCAAAACCAGAAAGCAAAAAUCAAGAAGUGAACGGAGUUGGGAGAAGAGAUUUGCCAAGAGAUCUUUUCAGAGUGAAACAUCCAUCAAGGGAGAGUACAGCGAGUAGUGAAGGAGCUGAGAGGAAACCAGUCGAAAACCCUAUGGAUAUGAAUGUAGAAGAUCUUCUACAAGCCGAUCCACAAACUAGAUUACUCUACUUGUCCAAACACAGUGAAUGGGAAGCUGUCGAGAAAGAGUUAACCAUGAUCAAUCGAGCUGAUUUUGCGACAGCUGAUCAAAACGGUUUCACCGUGCCCCUCCUCGCAGCUAAAGACGGAAAAGUUCUCAUCUUUGAGACAUUACUCAAAAAAGGAGCUGAUAUUAAUUCGACGACAAAGGAUCGCCGAAACGCGGCUCACAUCUCAGCCAUGUACAGCUCAUGGCAAAUGCUCGAAACGGUCAUCAAAUGCAAUCGUGAUCUUCUGAAAAGACCAGCUGGGAGUAAAAACCAACUACCAAUACAUGUGGCCAGUGAAAGAAGAUCGAAAAAGGCAGUGCCAGUUGUGAAGCGGAUUCUCGACGAAAUGGAUUUGACAAUGGAACCGGAUGGAGAGGGUAGCUUGCCCAUUCAUCUCGCGCUUAAGCUGGGAAACACAGCGGUUGCCGAUUUACUUCUGCAGCGACACCGAUCACAACAAGCGAUGGCCGUGGAUGGAAAAGGGGAUACUCUUCUUCAUCUAGCGUGCAGAGCUGGGAAUCUUGAGGCUGUUCGACUGGCGAUAGAGGCAGGUUGCGAUGAUGCGAAUGCACAGAAUUCAAUCGGCCGCACACCACUGCACGAGUCAGCUCAGCGUGGAGAUUUGGCUCUAUUGAAAGUGAUGUACAAAUUGAGAGCCGAUGCGAAUAUUCACGAUAAAGAUGAUAAAACCCCAGUGCAUGUAGCUGCGGAGAAAGGACACACACAGUGCGUCGAAUCGCUCAUCGACAAAUUUGGUGGCUCAAUUCGAGCAAGGACAAAGGAUGGCUCAACUUUACUUCAUAUUGCUGCCUGCUCUGGGCACACAAAUACUGCUUUAGCGUUUUUGAAACGAGGUGUUCCAUUAUUUAUGCCUAACAAGAAAGGAGCACUGGGAUUACAUUCAGCUGCUGCAGCUGGAUUUAAUGAUGUUGUCAAGAUGCUUAUUGCAAAAGGCACUAAUGUCGAUAUUCGGACAAAGGAUAAUUACACAGCUCUUCAUGUAGCCGUGCAAUCGGGAAAAGCUAGUGUCGUGGAAACAUUACUUGGAUCUGGAGCCGAUGUACAUGUAAGAGGAGGAGAUUUGGGGCAAACAGCCUUGCAUAUUGCCGCCUCACUGAAUGGAACCGAGGCUCGCGAGUGUGCGAUGAUGUUGCUGAAAAGUGGAGGGCAACCAAAUGUGGCACAAUCCGAUGGAGAAACAUGUCUCCAUAUUGCGGCCAGGAAUGGAAAUAAAGAAAUCAUGAAACUACUUCUUUCUGAACAAGCCGAUGUAUUACUUUCAUCGAAAACCGGGGAAACACCGCUUCACGUGGCCGCAAAGAGUUGCAAUUAUGAGGCGGCUCAGCUCAUCCUUUCCCAUCUUUCCGAAAAGAUGGAUGCUGUGGGAAUCAAGGAUUUCACGAAUGCAAAGACAGCGGAUGGCCUUACAGCCGUUCAUUAUGCGGCUGAGAUUCUACCCGAUCAACUCCAUUUCCCGGGAGAGGACGCUAAAUUAAUCAAUCUUCUUGUCGAUCAUGGAGGACAACCUGAGAUUCAAUCUCAAAACACGCAAGAAACGGCAAUGCAUAUGGCGGCCAGAUCUGGAAAUCAGGCUGUUUUAUUGGCAAUGGUCAACAAAAUUGGAGCUGGUGCUGUACAAAUUGUGCAAAAUAAGCAGAAUAAAAAUGGUUGGUCACCACUCUUGGAGGCAUGUGCCCGGGGACACGUGGGAGUCGCACAAAUUCUACUUCAACAUCAUGCUCGAAUAGAUGUAUUUGACGAGAAUGGAAGAACGGCACUUCAUCUUGCGGCCGCGAAUGGUCAUUUGCCCCUUUGUCAUCUCCUUUUACAGCAUAAAGCGUUUGUAAACAGCAAAUCAAAAACCGGUGAGGCGCCGCUUCACUUGGCGGCUAUGAAUGGACAUGUGAAGGUGGUGAAUGUUUUGGUGCAAGAUCACGGAGCUGCACUUGAAGCGAUCACACUUGACAAUCAGACAGCUCUCCAUUUUGCCGCUCGGCACGGUCAACUGGCUGUGGCUCAAACGCUGCUAGCACUUGGCGCCAACCCGAAUGCCCGAGAUGAUAAAGGACAAACGCCUCUCCAUCUAGCUGCUGAGAAUGACUACCCGGAUGUGGUGAAACUUUUCCUAAAGAUGAAACAAAACAAUCGAGCCGUUCUCACAGCCAUCGAUCAUAACGGUUUCACUUGUGCUCACAUUGCGGCAAUGAAGGGCUCACUAGCCGUAGUCCGAGAGUUGAUGAUGAUUGACAAGGCUAUGGUGAUUCAGGCAAAAACAAAAACAAUGGAAGCGACCACAUUGCAUAUGGCGGCCGCUGGAGGACAUGCAAACAUUGUGAAGAUACUUUUAGAAAAUGGAGCCAACGCUGAGGAUGAGAAUUCACACGGAAUGACAGCUUUACAUUUGGGAGCGAAAAACGGAUUUGUAUCAAUUCUGGAAGCUUUCGACAAAGCGUUGUGGAGGCGCUGCUCAAAGAAAACGGGCCUCAACGCUUUGCAUAUUGCCGCAUACUAUGGAAAUUCCGAUUUUGUAAAUGAAAUGCUAAAGCAUGUGCCAGCAAGCAUUCGCUCUGAGCCUCCUAUCUACAAUCAUUUGGUUGUCAAAGAAUUCGCUACUGAGUACGGUUUCACACCACUUCAUUUGGCCGCACAAUCAGGCCACGAUGCUCUAGUGAGAAUGCUUCUCAAUCAAGGUGUUCAAGUUGAUGCAACAUCCACAACAAUGAAUGUAAUCCCACUCCAUUUGGCAGCUCAACAAGGUCACAUCGCUGUCGUUGGAAUGCUGCUAAGUCGAAGCACUCAACAACAACACUCAAAGGAUUGGCGUGGAAGAACCCCGUUGCAUUUGGCUGCUAUGAAUGGUCAUUAUGAAAUGGUUUCGCUACUCAUCGCUCAAGGAAGCAAUAUCAAUGUGAUGGAUCAGAACGGAUGGACUGGCAUGCAUUUUGCUACAAAAGCUGGCCAUUUACAAGUUGUGAAACUUUUCAUUAAAAGCUCGGCCGAUCCUUUAGCAGAAACGAAAGAAGGAAAGGUUCCACUAUGCUUUGCAGCCGCUCACAAUCACGUAAAUUGUCUCUCUUUUCUUCUAAAACAAAAACAUGACACACAUCAAUUGAUGGAAGAUCGCAGAUUCAUUUUUGAUCUAAUGGUUUGUGGAAAAGCGCACAAAAAUGAGCCGUUACAAGAGUUCAUUCUUCAAAGUCCGGCUCCAAUCGAAACAGCCGUCAAGUUGAGUAGUGUAUAUCGAGAUAUGAGUGAAAAGGAAAAAGAAAGAGCUCGAGAUUUGUACAAUGUGGCUGUUUACUCGGAGAAUAUGGCUGUCGAACUUUUGGGGAUUACGGCUCAAGAAUACGAUUCAGCCUUACUCCUGAAAGCAAAAGACAAUAGAGGAAAACCGUUAUUGGAUGUUCUGAUCGAGAAUGAACAAAAAGAAGUUGUUUCGUAUGCUUCUGUGCAGCGAUAUCUCACCGAGAUUUGGACAGCUCGAGUUGAUUGGUCUUUCGGAAAAACGUUGGCUUUCUCGAUUCUCGUUCUUCUUUGCCCACCAGCCUGGUUCUACUUCUCAUUGCCUCUCGAUAGUCGAAUAGGAAGAGCACCAAUCAUCAAAUUUGUCUGUCACGUUGUAUCACACGUAUAUUUCACUUUGUUAUUAACAAUUACUGUUCUAAAUAUUACUCACAAGAUGUAUGAGGUAACAUCAAUCAUUCCAAACCCAAUUGAAUGGCUGUUAUUGUUGUGGUUAUCGGGGAAUCUUGUCUCUGAGCUUUCCACAAUUGGUGGCGGUUCUGGGCUGGGCAUUGUAAAAGUGAUGAUUUUGAUGUUAUCAGCGGCAGCGACUGCAAUUCACGUGCUCGCUUUUCUUUAUCCCGCACUCGUCAUGACUCAUCUAGACAACGAAGAAAAGCUACACUUUGCACGAACAAUGCUUUAUCUAAAGAAUCAACUGUUUGCAUUCGCUCUUCUCUUUGCUUUUGUUCAAUAUCUUGAUUUUCUCACCGUUCAUCACUUGUUUGGUCCAUGGGCAAUUAUUAUUCGCGAUCUGAUGUAUGAUUUGGCCCGGUUUCUCGUCAUUCUUUUACUUUUCAUCGCCGGUUUCACAUUGCAUGUCACCAGCAUCUUUCAGCCAGCCUAUCAACCAGCGGAUGAUGAUUCGGCAGAGUUGAUGCGACUUUCUUCACCCGAACAAACACUUGAGAUGCUUUUCUUCUCACUUUUUGGACUUGUCGAACCUGACUCAAUGCCACCACUUCAUCUUGUGCCCGACUUUGGGAAAAUCAUCUUAAAGCUCGUUUUUGGAAUCUACCUCUUGGUUACCCUGAUCGUGCUGAUCAAUCUACUCAUUGCUAUGAUGUCUGACACGUAUCAACGAAUCCAAGCACAAUCCGAUAAAGAAUGGAAAUUCGGGCGAGCGAUUCUGAUUCGACAAAUGAAUAAACGAUCAGCGACUCCAUCACCAAUCAACAUGCUCACCAAGUUGUGGAUGGUGUUGAAAGUCGCAUAUAGGAAUCGAUUGAGAUGUUUCACACAAAGAGCACAAAACGAUUUGCGAUACGAGGAGAAUAUUGACGCUUAUUCGAUGGGUGGAGGUACAAUGGGAAGAGGAGAUGGAUUCAGAGAUGAUGAUGAUGAUGGUCGAGCCGAAGAGCUGGGAGCUUCAUCAUCGUGGAACAUUGAAACGGUGAUUGAUUGGAGGAAAAUUGUCGGUUUAUACUAUGAAGCAAACAAUAAAGAAAUCGAGGAAGAAGAUGAACCGCUGCUCAUCCAAGCACCCGAACGA